GGGGGAGGGGAAGGGGGCGCGGCCAUAUUGGCUACUUGUGACUUUCGGGAGGAACGAGUAAAAAAAUAACCCAACUUUUCUCGUCUCUCGUGCACGCAGAAAAAUGUUGCCCUGGAGAAUUGUCCAUUGAUCCGCGAUACGGCCGAUCCUGUCAGCGUGACUACGGCGUGGCGCCGGGGUAUCAUUCCCACGAAAACUGUUCCUUUCCCUGAAAAAUGAGCUUCUUCGGUUUCGGCCAGUCCGCCGACAUAGAGAUCACGUUGGACGGUGCUGAGACACGGAAAACUGCAGACAUCAAGUCCGAGGAUGGCAAGAAAGAGCGGCAUCUGCUCUAUUACGACGGCGAGACCGUAUCCGGCAAGAUUAAUAUUAGCUUGCGGAAAGCUGGAAAAUUAGAGCAUCAUGGUGUCAAAGUAGAAUUUAUUGGACAAAUUGAGCUAUAUUAUGACAGAGGUAAUCAUCACGAAUUUACAAGCCUGGUAAAAGAACUGGCAAGGCCAGGGGAAUUAACACACAAUACUGUGUAUACAUUUGAAUUCCCAAAUGUUGAAAAACCAUUUGAGAGUUACACCGGUUCCAACGCACGACUAAGAUAUUUCUUGAAAGUGACAAUUGUACGAAGAAUUAGUGACAUUAUUAAAGAACUCGAAUUAGUUGUGCACACUCUUAGUUCCUACCCAGAUAUGAAUAAUCCCAUUAAAAUGGAAGUUGGAAUCGAAGACUGUUUGCACAUCGAAUUUGAAUAUAAUAAAAGCAAAUAUCAUUUGAAAGAUGUAAUUGUUGGCAAAAUAUACUUUCUUUUGGUUAGAAUAAAAAUAAAACAUAUGGAGAUAGCAAUCAUCAAACGAGAAACCACAGGCUCUGAAUACAUAUUUGCAGGCCCUCAUACGUUUACUGAAAACGAAACUAUAGCGAAGUACGAGAUUAUGGAUGGUGCACCUGUUCGAGGAGAGUCAAUUCCUAUAAGGGUGUUUUUGGCUGGGUACGAUCUGGCGCCUACAAUGCGCGAUAUUAAUAAGAAAUUUAGUGUUAGAUAUUAUCUGAAUUUGGUUCUCAUGGAUGAAGAGGAUCGACGAUACUUUAAACAACAGGAGAUUACAUUAUGGAGGAAAGGUGAAAAAAGCAGAAAGUCGCAAACGGCCUCGCCACACAUGCCAUCGCAUUUAGUAUCGGCUGAAACGGGAUUCCCGCAAGGCGCUGCACAGAAUGGCCCACCGUCCGUGCCACCUGAUUCUGAUCAAUUGCCAACGAGUAACGUUACGAAUGCAGAGGAUACUCCAGCACCAAUCGAAGGCAUGACACGAGAGGAAGGAGACGGCGAAGGUGAAAAAGAAGGCGGUCCAGAAAGUGAUUGAGUUUCCGCAUAGUUUUGUUUCUGGGUCCAGUUAUAGCCCAGAUUAGUUGAGAACGUUAAAUACGGCUGAAAUAUGCAACAAAGAAAUUAGUUUGAAAAAAAAAAUCUCUCGUGUUGGGAGAUUUGUUUUUAUUAAGAGAAACAGCGGGAUGUGUAUAAAAGGCCUGCUAGCAAAGUUGUAAAUAUUUUGGAUACCUUAUAUAUAAUUGAGAGCGAAUGAUUUGUAACUAGUAGAAUACCGAUCAAAAUUAUAAUAUUAUGGAGAAAUAGAUUUAAAAGACAGGAAGAUUUUGUCAUUUUAAAAAGCAAUUUCGAUAUUAUUUAACGAGCCAUAUUGCAAACGAAUAUAAUAUAAACAAGCAGUAUAGGUAUUCCUGAAUGGACGGCUUACUAAUCAAAUAUUAACUAACGGUACAUUUUGCAAAAUAUCUGGGUGUUACAGUGUUCUAAAUGUUUUAUACAGACGAUUGUGCCCACUGACCCGCCCAUCAUAUAAUUCUGAAAA